GGCCCGGUUCGUUCCCCGCUGGUCUGCGCCCCGGGGAGAUGCGAGUCGCGGCGCUGCGUGGCGGCGGCGUGCGCCCCGGCUCCGAUGCAGAAGAUCAACAAGAACGCGGUGCUGGCGCUGCUCACCCUGAGCAGCCUGGUGUUCCUCCUCUUCCAGCUCUACUACUACAGGUCCUACCUCGCGCACAAGAAUGGAGCAGUUUUUUCAAAAGUCAGAGGAAGCCAAUCAGGCCAAGACAGCACUAGAUGGCAUGUGGUUAGGAAAUUCCUAUCCUUAAUAUCCAGUCACAAUAUACCAGUGUAUUUGAUUGAUCCUUUAAUUCUGGGACUUGUUGAUAAAGACAUUGAACAGAUCAGAAGUUCUUCUGAUGGCCCUAGUCCGGAAUGCAAGUACUUCUGUGUUCCAAGAGACUUCACUACAUUUGCACUACUGGACAAAACGUGGAAACACGAAGUGGGACUUCUUAGAACUGCUGAGAAAAUGGGGUUCCAAUGGCUAAAAGUUCUAAACAAGGACCCCCGCUUGGAUGGUAUGGAUGACCUGUCUGGGACUGAAAUUCCUUUGCACUACAUUUUUAAACUGGCGUCUCAUGCCAUUCACCUGGUGGUCUUCUACGAGAGGAGCGGUAAUUACCUCUGGCAUGGCCCCCUAAGGCUCAAGCAGCAUAUGGACAGAAAGUUUGUGCCUUUCCGAAAACUCCACUUUGGUCGCUACCCUGGAGCGUAUGAAAAGCCUGAACUCUUGCUUGUUUCCGUUGAUGACUUAAAAAUUCAAAUUCCAAAAAAUCCGUCCAGUUUUCUAGAGGAGAUGACACACUCUAGAUUUCUUGAAUGUAGGUACAGAGAAGCUCGGGCUUUCUUUCAGCUGUAUCCUGACGAUGCCUCUGUUGAUGCCGUGGAAUUUAGAAAAAGAGCAAAAUCCUUGCUCCAUCUGGCUGCCCUGACCCUGAAUAACCUAGGAGUAAAGUUCUGGUUGAGCAGUGGAACUUGCUUAGGCUGGUAUAGGCAGUGCAAUGUCAUUCCUUACAGCAAAGAUGUGGAUCUGGGGAUCUUUAUAAGGGACUACAAAGCAGAUAUCAUUCCAGCCUUUCAGAAGGCAGGAUUACCGCUGAAGCACAAAUUUGGCAAGGUGGAGGACAGUUUGGAACUCUCUUUCCAGGGAGAAGAUGAUGUGAAGCUUGAUAUUUUUUUCUUCUAUGAAGAGGAUGACCACAUAUGGAAUGGAGGAACUCAGGCAAAAUCGGGCAAGAAAUUUAAGUAUCUCUUUCCAAAGUUUACUCUGUGCUGGACUGAAUUUGUAGAACUCAAGGUACACGUUCCCUGUGAAACCCUUCAGUAUGUUGAAGCCAACUAUGGGCCAGACUGGAAGGUUCCUGUCAAGAUGUGGGACUGGAAGAGCUCACCAUCCAACGUGCAGUACAACGGUGUCUGGCCUGUCGAUGAGUGGGACGAUGUCAUUCAGAUCUAUUAAUCACCUGUCCGGUAUCCUUGAAACUGUCACUUUGUAAUUUCCGGUCUCCCAAGAGCAUCAAGAUCCGUUCCUUUUAUAACUUCUCAUCAGUUCCCCAAGGAAACGUUUUCCAUUUUUUGCUUAAAAGAUUUUUUCACAUUCAUCAUGUGUUCUGAUAGUUAAAGGCAGAAUGUGGGAACUGAAAAGAAGGGAAGCUGAAAGUAAAGAUGUACAAAAUGAUGUAAACAUAUGAGCAGUUGACUGUUUAAAUAAAAACUGUAGCCAAGUGGCUUAGACUUUCCCGGGGAUCAUCAGAACCUUGGGACUGUUCAUCUCUCAAGCUCAAGAGAAGGAGGGGAUGCAAAAAUCCUGGAGAAGUUCUUGUGCUUUUUUUUUUUUUUUUUUUUUUAAUCUUUUUUCUGAGGUGCUCCUGUGAAAUUACAACUUUUAAACACCCUAUUUAUGAGUACCUUAAAAGCAUUUAAUUUGAGAGUCAUGUAUCCCUCCGAUGUGUAACAGGUUGCUCUUGGAGUGGAAUGUUUCAGUGACCCACCUGCUUCACAUCUGUGGGAUAAUGGAUGAAUCUAACAUUAAGUGAGUGGAUGGAAGAAUUGAAAGCCCUGUCCGCAUCAGAGAUCAAGUAACAGUUGAACUAACUACUGCAUGCAAUAACAAGAAAUGCUGUAACAACAGGGAACGUUACCUGCUUUUGUUCUCUCUCUUUUAUGAACAUGAAGGUGUGUGCUGCAGGGAGGUGCUUACCUUGAUAAAACAUAUUACCUGGUUUUGAUAUCCCAAUUAGUGUUCUCUGUACAGGAGUUGAGCAGAUUUUAGAGGAUCAUAGCUAUUCCUGCUUUCUUACAAUUAGAUGGAAAUGAGGGUCUUGAUACUUUUCUGUUUAGCAUGGGUUCACAGAACUGAGAUCCCUGUGAAUCACAGCUCUUUUCUCUAAGUGUAAGCAGAAGUGUGUACAAACACCAACUGCUCCGUCAAAUUUGCAAUAGCAUGAUUGCAAGUGAAGUGUUAGCAUAACAUUAGGCUUUGGAUGGGAAGGGAGUGGAAGCCUGACAACUCUCUCCUCUUGUUUCUGGUUGUCUUUUUGGUCAAUGAAAUAAGCUCUUUUAUUCAGUAUUUUGGAGGGGGAUAAUAGCUUUCAUAUGAAAUCGUGUGUCCAAGUUUGUUCCAGCCCUGCCGCACAGGAAAGGCGAGACCAUUAGAGUUACCAGUGAGUUAGGACUAAUGUGUGGUACAGACCCAAGAAUACUUUUGAACUAGUGUCAAGGUACUGAAUUUUUCUCCUGUUUUCUUGCAACAAAUCUGUAUCCACUCUUCCCUGGCUAACCUAGAAGGGCUGUCUACGAGUUGCAGCUGUACCACACUUUUACUGGGGAGGUUGAAUGUGUGGUUUGCAUUCUGUUGAUGUGCAAUCUUCA